AUGGUUUCCAAAGACCACAGCGUCGAGGAGCGCCAGGUGGACCAGGCCGCCCGACAAUCACUUCAGGAUGAAGUCAUGGUUGAAAAGGCCGCCGCCAUGCACACGGAGAACUUCCAUGAAGCUGCAGAAAGAGGCCAUGCUGCUACGGACAAGUACGGUCACCCCCUUGUGACAUUCGACCCCAAGGCCGAAGCACGACUGCGCUGGAAGAUCGACCUUUAUAUUGUGCCCACGGUCUCUCUGCUCUACCUCUUUUGCUUUAUCGACCGUGCCAAUAUCGGCAACGCCAAACUCGCCGGCCUCGAGAAAGACCUUCAUUUGACCGGCAAUGAUUACAAUAUUGUUCUCUCCACCUUCUAUAUCAGCUAUAUCCUCUUUGAGCUGCCGGCAAACAUGGCCUGCAAGUACUUUGGCCCGGGUUGGUUCCUCCCCGCCACCUCACUGGCGUUUGGAAUCUUUUCGAUCUGUACAGCCUUUGUUCACCACAUCUCCUCGGCGUGUGGCGUCCGAUUCCUCCUGGGCCUCGCUGAGGCCGGCAUGCUUCCAGGUAUCGCUUAUUAUAUGUCUCGGUGGUAUCGCCGCAGCGAGUUGGCGUUUCGACUAUCACUCUACAUUGUCAUGGCACCUCUCGCCGGUGCUUUCGGAGGUCUCUUGGCUUCUGCCAUUCUCAAGCUGAGCCACUUUGGAGGGCUCCAUGAAUGGCGAAUGAUCUUUGCCAUUGAAGGCAUCGUCACUUGUGGCCUUUCGCUUAUUGCCUUCUUCACCCUGACCGACCGUCCCCAAACUGCGAGAUGGCUGAGUCAAGAAGAGAAAGACCUUGCGGUGGCCAGAGUCAAGUCGGAGCGCGUUGGCACGACCGAAGUUCUCGAUAAGCUCGAUGUACCUAAGAUUCUCCGGGGCAUCAUGAGCCCGGUCACCCUCGCCACGUCGUUCAUCUUCCUGCUCGACAACAUCACCGUCCAAGGCUUGGCCUUCUUCCUCCCCACCAUUGUCAAGACCAUCUACCCCAAGCACUCGGUCGUGUCUCAGCAACUUCACACCGUCCCACCCUAUGUGGUGGGCGCCUUCUUCGUCCUGCUAUUCCCGCUGCUCUCGUGGCGGUACGAUCGUCGCAACAUCUUCUUCAUUCUCUCCGCGCCGUUGAUGAUGUGCGGCUACAUCAUGUUCUUGGCCAGCACCAACCCUCACGUCCGCUACGGGGCGACCUUCCUUAUCGCCGCCGGGGCUUUCUCGUACGGCGCACUUUGCAAUGCCCAAGUCUCCGCCAACGUCGUCUCAGAUACCGCCCGCUCAGCCGCCAUCGGCACGAACGUCAUGUUCGGCAACAUCGGUGGCUUGAUCUCUACCUGGUCCUUCCUACCCUUUGACGCUCCCGACUACCAUAUCGGCAACGGGUUGAAUCUGGCCACCUCAUCGACGAUUUUGAUUCUUUCCAUCCUCUUGCUGUUUUGGAUGUGGGCGGAUAAUAAGCGUCGGGACAAGAAGGAUGUUGAUGCCGAGUUGGACGGCUUGUCAUUGAAGCAGGUGCAGGACCUUGAUUGGAAACACCCUGCCUUCAGGUGGAAGCCAUGA